CCUCCAAAAAUGGAAUGCCGACAGGGGUACUGCAGGCUUCCAUUAGCUAUUAAAUUAUCUUUCUAACUUCUGUGUGCGAUUUUAAAAUAAUCUGUUCAAGGACAUACAUCUGGUGUAUUAUUUUUUAAUAUACACGAAGACUGACCACAAAUAUUAAUAUUAGAUUGACCACAAAUAUAUAUACAAUUUUUCCAUUCCUAUAAUGGAUCCUGUUUUGUGCAAACAAUGCCCGCAGUACCGAUGGUCGGCCUUGAACAUCUGUGGCUUCAAUGAGAGGGGGCAGUCUUUCCCUGGUAUAGAGGUGUUGGUUGUUUAGCAACAACUGAUGCCUGCACAACUAUGGGGCAAAACAAACUGGGUUGACUUAGAUCAGCAUGUCCAAAACUUGGUCCUGGGGACCUCAAAGGGAACACGUUUUGGUUUUUGGCAAAAACCAAAACGUGCACCCCUUGGCCGAGUUUGGGAAACACUGGCUUAAGUUGCUUAAAACAUGUAAGCUAUAUUUUGUCUCCAAAGUUUAUUGAAAACAUAACUACAUCUGCACAAUGAGCACUUGUUUCCUCUCAAAUACAUCCAUACAGUUGUUGGUUAACUCGCUAGCGCACUUUAACCAUAUUAGCAUUGACAUGAAAUCAGUCAAAACACCUCAAAACAAGACAUGGUAUCAAGAAUGAGAUAAAACGAUCUGAAACACCCCACGAUCUGAAACGAUUCCCCACAUUGCAGUUUCUUGUCACUCUUGCUAGCAAUCUGGCUAUCCAACAACAUGCUGGCUUCUGUCCCAUAGAAGCACACAGAUUGUUUUUGUGACAUUGUCCGAUACACAGUAUUUAUUUAUUUUUUUACCCCCUUUUUUCUCCCCGAUUUCGUGGUUUCCAAUUGGUGGUAGUUACAGUCUUGUCUCAUCGCUGCAAGUCCCGUACGGACUCGGGAGAGGCGAAGGUCGAGCGCCGCCCCAUGGGCCUCCCGGUCGCGAACCCAGAAUCUCCAGGGGGCCACUGAUACACAGUAUUAACAUAAAUCACUCUGCCAUUUCCUGGUUGCUAAAAUUCGAAUAGUUUGCCUAAUUUUUGUUUAUAUGACAAAAAACAAGCAUCGUGUAGAGAAUCAUAGUACCAUCUAAAUCGCUGUGAAAAAUAUUUUCCAUAACCAAAAGUAUUGUAUUUUCAGCUGUUUGAAGCUGGUGUACAAAAGUGAAAGAUGCAAAAACGAAAGCAUAGAAAGCAUAGAAAUAGUGCACAUAGAAUAGAUCUACCACUUCUUAGACUUGCCUGAUAAAUCUAUAACACACAUUUCUAUGUGAAUUUGGUCAGGUCGCCCAAAAAGUGACAUAUUGUAGCUUUAAUGUGAACAUGCUUCUGUCAAAUGCUCCAUAAUGAUGUUUCCUCUUCUUUUGCAGAUGUUUUGGUGAUUUAAGGAUUGUGCUGCUUUACCUACUGUCCUGUGAGUCACAGCCAGCUGCACUCUAACUAACUGUAUGCUUUUCAUUUUAAUUAGGAGCUUUCAUUAAAAGAGCCCAAGAGAAAAUUAGAAUUUACUUCAGAGACCAAAGCCUGUUUCUAUAAAUCAAUAGGGAUGUUUCAGUCCAGAGGCCUCCGCAUGGAUCGAGGGCACUCUGCAUGGUUUCCAAGGCCAAGAUCCUGGUUACAAAGACCAACAUCCUGUUUCCAGAGGCGAUCCCUCAGAGCGUCAGCAGACCCCACCUCUUCAGAUGAUGUCUACAUCAGUUGCCUUUACGCCCAGGGCUUCCGCUGCACUCUGCAGCAGAGGCCCAGCUGCAGCAGUGCCAGGUUGACUCCCAAGAGCAAUGCCAGAGGAGCGGGAGGGAGGCCAGUGAGCAGUGCUCUGGGUAGACUGGAGAACAGCCCAGGGAGGGGGACCAGAGCUAUGAGCAGACCAGUUACUGCACCCGGGGGAGGAGGAAGGCGCAGAGACCCGGGCCAGAGACCUGGAGCUCAAAUCAGGGGCAGGACAGAAUGUCCCAGAGUGCCCUGCAACACCAAACAUAACGACACACAUAGACAGCAGCAGGACACGUGGAGGGGGAGGAGGCCUUUCUCAACAUCAUCUACACUGCAUCUUUAUCUGCCUUCUUCAUCAUACUAUGAGGAUGAAGAGCAGGAGACGGAUAUAGAGAUAGAGAAGGAGGAUGUGAGGCCAACAAAAGAAAACAACGGCCUACAAGACACAACAGAAAUGAUCAGAACACCGACCCCUUCAGAAAAUGUCACAAUGCUGAACCCUAGCAAUAAUACCAGUCUACAACAGGAUCAUGAAGAAACCAUCCAAAUACAAGAGUCCCCUACAUUAAACCCCAGUCUACAGGGCCCCUCAGAGGAUAUCAUCAGGCCACCGGUCCCUACAGAAGACCUCAACUCAAUGGAGCCCACUGACAAUCCCAGGUUUCAGGGGAUAACACAUUACAGAACAACUGGCCUUGUGUUCCCAAAGCAGAGAGCUCAUGGAUAUGACAUGGAACAGCAACAGGAAUGCAACCCUCUCCAGAUAAUGCCGGCAGCUGUUCAAGGGAGGGCCCCUACAUCUGUUAGGCAGCAUGUGAACAGACUCCCCAAAAUAAAAACCACCAAGACCUUUGUGUGGGGCCUUUCUGGACCCCAGGAGAUUAAGAGUGUGUUUGUUCUGCAGAAGCAUAUUGGCAGAUACACAAAUCAGACAUGAGAACAUUCAUAAUGCCAUUCACAUUGAAUCCCAUGUCAAUCCAUAUCUUGGGUUUGUUGGGAUAUCUUACCUGCCAGUGAGACCCAAUUCAUAUCCAAACAUAAGAAAUAGUCAGCUGAAAGGUUAGACCUUACAGGGGGAGCUGUGAUUGUAAAAACACAAUCUAACAUAACCUGAUCCAAGGAAAUGCCAGAGGCAAAGAUGAUAUUGCGAUCUUACUUCCUGUUCAGAAAAGGCAAAUAUGUGUGUUGGUCUCUUUGGGUGAAAGAGAAUGUGUUUUCCUAAUGAAAAAGCAUGUAAACAUGCAUGUAUAUAACACAUUUAGCUCUGGGCUAAAAAUACCUCAUAUGAGAUAUCAAAGUACACAGAUGGGCUUCGUGUUCAUGUCAAGACUGGGUUCUUCAAUUGUCCAGAUUAUUUUAGACAUAAAAGCAAUAACAUUACACGAAUGGUGCAGUGAAUACAGAACCCAUACGAGAGACAUAGGAAAAUACAAAUGCAUGCCAUGGAAAACAGCAAGCGGAUGGGGAAUUACAAUAUAUUGUGUUCAGUCCCACUGUUUAUGUGUUUCGAUGGUCAGCUGCUGAGACAUUUCCCAGUCAUAAGCAGAGCAGUGGAUAAUUUUAGAUAGACUACUGCCUGAGUGAUGCCUAUCCCCAGGACCCCAUACUUCAGCUUUCCUUUAGUCCCAUUACUUUAUCAAAUCAAAACCUUUCUGACCAACUCAUUUGGCUCCAUGACCAAAAUGGCACAAAUAACAUUACCUUACUUCAGUUAAUACCUUACAGUAGGUUAUGGAAUGUUUUGUAAUCAUUCUGCAUUGUUGGGAAGGGCCUGUAAGUAAGCAUUUCAGUGUUAGUCUAUACCGGUUGUUUACAAAGCACAUGACAAAUAAACAUUUGAUUUUGAUACAUUUUGCCCCCUUGUGGUGAGGAAAA